AUGACCGUAGUCAGUGUGGCAGGUGCGUCCACGGUUUGGGCGGGUAUUCUCAUCUGCGUCUCCUCGUCAACAUUCGCGGUGAAGGUAUCUUCCAUCAUUCAAGACUACGUACCAUCACCGUCAUCGCCAUCAUCGUCAUCACCCUCAACAAUGACAUCCCCACCCUCCGCAAUGCAAACCCGCGCCGAGAACGCCGAAGCGCGCGAGCGCUACCUCAAAACCAACCUCAUCCGCUCUCAGAAAGACCUCGCGCAAGCGAACAAGAAGAACAAAGACCUCGCGGCAAAGCUCGAAGCGGCGGAGAAAGAGCUUGCAAAGUACAAGCAAGUUGAAACCGAUCGCGAGAACGAGCGGAAGAAGGUCGAGGAUGACGGCAAGCAGUUGUUGGAAGCCCAGGCGGGGAGAUUGAGGGAAGCGAAGGCAGCGGGUGGUAGUUGGAGGGAACAAGCGCAGGCAGUCUACGGUGAUACCCCUCUCGCACCCGUACUGGACUGGAGGGAACAAGCGGCGGCAUGGCAAGCCUGGUUCGAGGCGGAGUCGAAGAAGUGA